UUUUUAUGUUCUAUGGCUUAGCCGAGCAGUCAUUCUACUUGUUUGUUCUGUUUCGGACGUGCCGUCCGACAAUUAUCGAUUUGGCUUUUACAGCCGAAUUUCAUCAUGGGAACGAAAUUUGAGCUGAAGAUGGGUGGCUAUCCCGCUGAGUACGAUGCUGCGAAACAUGGACCGUACAAUCCUGCGCGCUAUUAUGGAAAACCCGACACCAAAUUCUUGGAUCUGAAAAUCAGCGAGAUCCCCGCUUGGAUCGCGCGACGUCAGAAGACUCCUCAGGCGAUUAUGGGAAUUUGUUCAAGAGCAUUCUGGCGUUGGCAGCAUAAUUAUAUACAACCCAGACGAAAUGGUAUAGCUCCAUUCUUCCAAGUGGCAGUUGCUGGUAUAAUUGCGUUCUACAUAAUGAAUUACAAGAAAAUACGUCAUCAUAAACAUUACAAAUAUCACUAAUUGUAUUAUUAGAUAUCUCUAUUAUAGAUAUCUCGAUUUGAUCAGAAUACAAGGAACUUGUGUAUCAAUUGUUCAGAAAAGAGAUAUUCAAUUUAUUAGAGUAUGUUCAAAUAAACAUUCUUAGUAGGCACAAAAAAAUAUAAAAUUUGUCAUACUGACUUAAUUCCUAUCAAUGUAUAAAACAAUGAUUAAAAUUAUUUAAGAUUAA